CUUCUUCUUAUUCUCGUUAAUAAAUUAAAACCCUUUUUAAGCACAAGUUAAAAAGAUCCAUGGCUUCAAAAGUAUCUCCAUAAAUGGUGAACCCAGCAAGGACCCGCAAAAGAGUCCGCGCAUUGCCUCGAGCUCCUGAUGGUAGCGCUUUUCAAAAGUGCCAGAGUUGUGAAGUUUUGGUUCCGAUUGCAUUGGCUGAUAUGCACGAGUGUGAAAGGAAGAAGGAAGUUAAAAGAUUCAGGGGCGUUUGUGAGAAACCAGCUGUUUUGAAACGGGGCUCUGGCGAUCACCAAGUUCGAUCGCCUUUCCGGUUCUUCAUGGAAAGCUUUGUCAAGAUGUACGAGAACGGAAACUGGAUUGAUAUUGAUCGAAAAGGGUUUGAGGCUUGGAAGAGUAUGUCCAUGGAGGAGAAACGACCGUAUGUCACUCAAGCUCAAAAGGUGAUUGCAGCUAAUUUGAGGGCUAUGGUUGAAGAGGUUAACAAUAUGCUAAUGGUGGAUGAUGAAGCAGAUUCUGCCACGGUUGGGAUGUUGAUGAGAGAAACUGUUGAAUCAUGGAUUUUUGAGAGCUCUGAUUCUGAAUGAGGUUAAUGCUUUUGCUCAAGGGUUCCCUCUGUUGGCAAAGGUAAAGGCAAGUCUUUUGUUGGCUAUUGUAUAGUAGUGGUAGGAAUUUAGGAUCCAUUCAAGCGAAAUUAAAUAUUUAUUGUAAAUUGGAGGAUCUGUUUUGUCCAUGUUUUGUAUUGUUCCUCCGCAUAGAUUAGCCUAGUGUUUCCUGAUCCUCUUGGUUGUUAAAAGAAGAUUGCUUGCAGUAAUAGAUUUCACCUUUAUCAGUGUAA